AGCGGGGCUCCCCGGGGCUCUCCGCGGCCGGCUCGCCGCUCCGGACAGACGCGCCCAGGCAGGGGCUGCAGAAGCGGAGAGUGGGAAUGGACAAUAUAUAGACGGCUAUUUGUACUUGAUGCCAAUCAUGUCUUCAGUCAGGAAUGUUCCCUAUGGGGCUGAUGCACAUACUGAGACUAUUGUAAAAAUCAUUGGGAGCAAGUAUGUCAGGUGCAUUGUGGAAAAACCAAAAAUCAAGGCAAAGGAAGGCACGAAAGUGGAAACUCAGUCUGCACUCCGGAAAUUGCCCGCUUGUAAUACAAGACAGACACAUGGAAAUCCUCCCGGUUUCAAUAACCCUCUUUGUCAACAAAUCAGUUAUGACCUAGAUUAUGAAAGACGAAGCAGAGACAAACAGGAAGAACACGAGUCUAAACAACGGCAAACAAGCAACAGCAGAUUUCUGGAUGGCAAAGUUUUGAAACCACCAAAUAUUCAUUGUGUGUCUGUCCCAUCGGGAGAUCAGUCUUUGUCCUACAUUCAUGCCCUCCAAAAGCCAUCCCUUAGAGCUCGGUCUUUAAGACAACAUGUAGGACAUCACCAGCAGAUCAUAUGCCAAGGGCCAACAGAGUCACCUGAGGAAGAGGAUUCUCUCCUGGCUCUCGUCAGAAAUGAACUCAGGCUGGGUCCUGUUAGGUUAGCCGAGUUAGAAAAACUGCAGAGAGAAUUUAAGAUGCUGCAUCCCAUCUCCAGAUUUCUUCCUCAGUCCCAGCUGAACUCCCUCCUUCUGAAGCAUGAAGUCCCUCUACAAUUACCAACCGUCAAGCUCCUCUUUGAGAGGUUUUCUGAGGCAAAUGACUCUGAAUUGGUAAAUUCUGAAGAGCUGAUUCAGUUUCUAAGACUAGCUGCAGCAGCUGAAAUGCAGAAUAUCAAGACACCUGAUCUGAGUCUUCAAGCGAAGAGUGUAACUUUAAAGGAUCAAAGCAAAAGCUCACUGGCUCCCGAAGACCCAUUACAGAUCUUGAAGCAAAUGUUGAAGGAAUAUAAGGGGGAACUAGACAUGGAGAAACUGAGCCUGAGUUUUCAAAAAGAAGAUAAGUCUUUCUCCGGCCUUCUCUCUCUAAAUGAGAUUGAGACCAUUUGCCAGAAGCAUAGACUAACUCUAACUCCUUUAUUGCUGGAAGCUUUGCUCAACAACCAUGACUUGUGCAAACAAGGCAAAAUACAGUGGAAGACAUUUAUGGAGUUGCUCAAGAAAGCUCAUUCUGAUGCGAUUCCUAAUUUGCCUGUUCCUGUGGCUGACUCCAGUGACUCUGAAGAGCAGGAGGCCUGGAUAGACCGGUUCAGAAAACUAGAGAAAGCUCUUUAUUUGUGCGAUAUAAAAAACACAGGCAUGCUGGAAAAGGAAAAAGCAAAGCGUCUAAUCCACAACUACAACCUCAUCUAUGAUCUGUCCCUGAGUCCUCUGAAAAUUGAUCAAGCUUUCCGAAACUUCCGUUCUGGAGAAAACAUGCCAUUGCAGCCGGUGCUGCAGUAUUUAAAGGAGUUGUAACAAAUACUUACUAUACCAUUCUCACGAGUUCCGUUUUUCACCCAAUGUCAGAUUUCUCACAGACUGAAUGUUGGUGAUGUCCUAAUUACUACAGCAUGUUAAUAACUCUCCAGGCGCUAAAAAAGAGGAAGCAAAACCAGAAACAGCUGCAUCUUAUACCUGAGUGAAAUGUUAAUAAAGCUAAAUGGCCAAGUAGAGUCAGGGCUUUGGCUCUGAUGCUUAGAGAUGAGCUCAAGCUUCAGAACUCAGACUGAUGUAGUUCUGGAUUUCUAAACCCAAAGCCUGAGAAUAUCUGGAUUGGAAUUCUGGCUGCACUCAUUGUAAAGAUAGCAAUAUUUGGAUGAAGGGCUACAUCUGGAUUUUGAACACUGUCCAGGUGUUCAGUAGAUGUUCAAAUUUGGGCCCCAUCUCUGUUGAUUAUGGUGGUAAAAUUGAUAGAUGAUUUCAGUGAGAUUUUAAAUCAAGAAAAUGGGAAAGUGGUCACUCUUAAGAACAUUCACCUGUUUGAAAGAUUCUACUGAUUCUGAAGGAAUUCCCCAUCUUAAUAACAGGGCUGCUCUCUAGAACCGGUGGACUCAAACCAGUGAGACUUUUUAAGCACAUCCACUGUAGGUCAUUCAAGCAGGGCUAUAAACGAUAGACUUCAUAUACUAACAUUGCGGAAAAUAGCCCAAAAUUGUAACCCUGAAGACUCACCCAAGUGCCUCCAUGGUUUAAUUGUCCAUAGCUUCCUCUUCUGCAAUUCCAACCCCUCUCCCUAAUGAUGUCUCCUGGUCUUGUUGUUGUCUUUAUUCUAGGAACAAAUUCUGAAACCCUUACUUAGCAUGGGCCUCCAGUCAGGAAAACCUUUAAGUACAUGGUGUAAACUUUAAGCUCAUGCUUAAGUCCCAUUCACUUCAAUGGGACUUACACACAUGCUGAAAGUUAAGCAUGUAAGUGCCCAUCCCAAAGAGGAAUGUUUUACAGGGUCAAGUCAGCGCAUCUUCCACAAGUAGUCAGUGAAGUGAGUGGGAUACUGUACUUUUGGGAGUAUGCAUCAUUCUUGGUAGUGCAUCAUGUCCAUAGACUGUAAACUCUUCGGGGUGGGGAAUCUGCAAAGCAUCUUACACAUCUAUGGUGCUAUAUAGAUAGUAGUAAUAAUACGUUGCAUAGCUGCUGUUCUGCUUAAUUCAUAACAUGGUGGUGAAGUGUGUAAAGUUUCCUAGGGCAGGAUCUAACAGUAACAUUAUUUAUCUGCAUAAAGUUUAAUGUGUGUCAUUAGUAGAGUGUGAGAUUUACAUUUAAGAUUAAAGAGUGGGAUUUUCAAAAACAAGGGAGUUAGGUGCCCAACUCUCAUUCAAUUCCAGUAGGAUUUUGAACAUCUUAGUCUAAAAGCUUGUGUGUUAGAACUGAACGAAAUGAAGUUACUAAUACUGAACUUACUUGGGAUGCACAAUAUAUUGUAGAGUCUGAGAUCCAGUGUUUUAAAGCCAUGUUAAACCCUGAAUUUACAAUUGUAAUUAUACCCUCCCUGCUGCUUUUCUUUUAAAACGCAGAUGUUCUUGUCCCACGGGGAGUUUGUAUGAAAACGUGCAUGUUCUGUUGUGAAGCCAUGUGAUGUUCUUAUCUAAGAAAUUGGUUUUUUUAAACCUUACGCUUGAGCAAUUGUCUAUCUGUGUUUCUGUGCUGUGUCCUUUGAAAAACAGGGUUCAUAGUUUUGCUUUAUAGAGUGCCAAUCCAGGUGCUAGACACUCAGUGUAGCCUUGGAAAAGCUUGGAAUCAGGCUAGUCUGUGAGCCUGUUGCUCAAUCUUAGCCUCUGUGAUGACUCAUGUGGAUACUGCUCUCCUGUAAGGAAGGGGUACAAAAUUAGAGGUGGAAGAGACCUAGGCCCAGAUUCUUUCAAAGGCAUUUAGGCAUUGUUCUGUUCUGUGUUGCAAGGUCUAUGUGACUUAAAUGGCAGAUUCCCAUUUUCAGAAGUGACUUAGGCAUGUAGCCAUUUGAGUUACCUGGGCCUUGUAAUGCUGAGUGGAGCAAUGCCUAAAUACCUUUACAAAUCUGGGCCCCAGAGCCUAAUUCUGGUCUUUAUUGCACUGGUGUAAAGCAGGAGUAGCUCCACAGAAGGUAACAAAAUUACACUGUGUAAGCCAGAUGUGAGAUUGGAACCACCCUGUAAAGUCCAUUGUCAUGUCAGCCUCAUUUGUCCCAUACACCUUGUUCUCUA